GCCUCUGCCCACCAGACCUGCCACCCAGGACCCGCAGCGGAGACGAGGCCUGCAGCAAGGAGCCGAGGAAGGGGUGAGACAAGGAAGAGGAUGUCUGAGCUGGAGAAAGCCAUGGUGGCCCUCAUCGACGUUUUCCACCAGUAUUCUGGAAGGGAGGGAGACAAGCACAAGCUGAAGAAAUCCGAACUGAAGGAGCUCAUCAACAAUGAGCUUUCCCAUUUCUUAGAGGAAAUCAAAGAGCAAGAGGUUGUGGACAAAGUCAUGGAAACACUGGACAGUGAUGGAGAUGGCGAAUGUGACUUCCAGGAAUUUAUGGCCUUUGUUGCCAUGGUUACCACCGCCUGCCACGAGUUCUUUGAACACGAGUGAGAUUAGAAAACAGCCGAGCCGUUCCCGUAACAGAGAUGGUCACACAAGAAAGCAGACAGCAAGGGCUUGCGGCCUAGUAGGAGCCGAGCUUUCCAGCCGUGUUGUAGCUAAUUAGGAAGCUUGAUUUGCUUUGUGAGUGAAAAAUUGAAAACCUCUUUCCAAAGGCUGUUUUAACAGCCUACAUCAUUCUUUCUGCUAUAUUAGGCCUGUGUGUAAGCUGACUGGCCCCAUGGACUCUUGUUAACAGUCACUUAGGAGUCAGGUCUCAGUGAUAAAGCGUGCACUGUGCAGCCCGCCAUGGCCGUGUAGACCCUAACCCGGAGGGAACCCUGGCUACAGAAAUUACCCUGGGGCACCCUUAAAGCUUCCGUUACCUUUAAAAAACAAAGCCUUAUCCAGCA